CGCAACCAUACGUCGGCAGUGUCAACAGGAAGUAUAAAACAUAUCAAAGUUGAUAACAGACGCUCACGUACAGAUUUUUGGUAACAAUUCACGAAAAACUAAAGUUUAAAAGUCGGUAUUUUUCAGCGGAGUCGGUUAUAGGCGUCGUUGCUAGCGUAAGUGCACCACUAACAUUAUGUAACCUAUUUUUAUGGGCUUUCCUCUUUCUAUCACCGUAGCCUGGGAAUGUCUCUUGAACUAGCUUGCUUAUGUCUGCUGCAUAUACUUCCAGACUCUCUCCGGGAACACGUAGGCGGGCAGAGAUGUUUGCUGUGAAACAGUCUAGAAAACGUUUUUGUCCGAAAGCCUCCUGCAAUUUAUAUUUCACCUGAUCGUAGUCCAUCUGAACGGCAGAAGAAAAGCAGCCUUUGUCAGUCGCGUGGGUAAUGUCCUCACCAGUUCAUAGUCAAAGCUACUGCCCGUGCCUCCAACCAGCGCAUUCACUGCUACUUCAUAUUGUCUGGCCCAGCAGGGGAAACUUUGUUUUUCCUCACCGGAAAAUGGCUGCGGGAGUUCAAUCUUGACAUUGCUGCCGAACGAUCUUUCUCCACGUUUCUCUCUGUAUCUAUAGUCCAGCGGUUCCUCGCCUUUAUUCCACAUAGCAUCAGCAAGAUUAAAUAAGUCUUCGUGCUUUCUGACAAGACGACGCUCCGCCGUUGCUAGCUGCGGCUAACUGAGAUGAAGCUAACGGACUCUCCGAACUUUACGGUAAUUAGACGUCUUUCUUUUGCGGGACCUUGGUCCCACCGCUGCCACCAAUGUAACCGAUGGUUUAUAAAUGUCGCCUAUACAGUAUAAAACUACAAAAUAAGAGCUCAAGGCAUGUACUGUACUAACAGCGUAUAACAGGAACUUAACAUCACAAAGAGGAAAGCCCAUAAAAAUAGGUUACAAUAACAAGUGCGAACAUGUUAGCAUCGAAGAGGUUUCAACGCGGUAACACACAAUCUCGAUAUCCUCAAAACUUUAUGGAAAGACUGCCAUCAGAGGUCCUGCAUAAGAUCCUGUCCUACUUGGAUGCUGCAACACUUAUCUGCAUUGGUCACGUCAGUAAGAGCUUCUAUCAGCUUGCCAAUGAUGAGGCUCUGUGGAGGAAUAUAUACAGGAGGCUGUUGAACAAGAAGUCUAUCGACAUGGUCAGGAAGAUGCAUGAGACGAACAGGCUGGAGUCUCAGGCUCGGCCUGUGGACAGCUGGAAGUUGCAUUACAUCAAGACUCGGGAUGCGUGGGCCAGGAAGAAGUGGAGACCACACCUUGGAGUCAUCAGCCAUCACACGGGGUUGCCGAGUCACACAGAUCAGAUACUCCGAAACAUUACCUGGGAGCUGACAGCCACUGACAGAUCAAGCCGUGAAACAACAUAUGAUCUCAGCUUUCUCCGGUUCUUUGAGACCUCUGUGGUGUUGUGCUGGUAUGGAAACUGGCCUGACUACCAUCACAUUUCUACCAUUCAGCUCCACGGCGUCAGGAGAGUAGCCCUUACGUGUCCCGGACUAAAGGCACCAGGGUGGAGGUCCUUCAUGGAGGUGAUUGACAUGGAGACUUUAACCAAAGGCAUGCAAGACUAUGGCCAGGACCGAGUCAUUGAACUGAAGCUACUCAAGCCUCACAUUGUCAUGGGACUUUGGAAGGGCCAGCAUCGCAUCGCCUUUGUCAUAAUCACCCUCCACUUCCAUAGGCUGCUGGAAAGAAGCACCCAAGGCUCCUCUGUUUGGCCCUACGUGGACCCAGUGGUCCAAGCCCCAUUUGAUGACAUUGACCCCGAUUAUGGUCUCCAUGGUUACCAUCUCCACAUAGUUCUCCACAGCAGUGAAUGCGAGAUCAUGUCUGAAUGCUUCCCUCAGCUAUUUUGCUGUAGAGAUCAGAUCUGCAAUGGCCUUGUCCGACUUGCUGCCAUUGAUGGUACUUCCUGUAGGCAGCACACACCUCUGUCAGGCGACGUCACUCUGCCCUGGAGGUGUGAGGCCCUACAGGGCCAAAUAAAGGACCGCUGUUUUAUGACUCUUACUCUUCUUGAUGAGUUCAACAAACCUUUUUGGUGCGUCAGCUCUUCAGUGUCCAUGAAGUGCAAGGAGAGGCCGUGUUCACUUUUCUACGCCGCUGAACAGUUUCUCAUCCACUAUCAGGACUCAGAUGGUGAAGUCAUGAUGAACAUAGUGCAGGUGGAGCAACAAAAGCAAUUCUUUCUUGUCAACUUAGCAGUUUAUGUGUCAACUGGCAAAGUCAAUAAGUAUUUCGGGAAAGACUACUGAGAAUACCUAACGUUUUGUCAAGUUUAACAUUAUGACAUUAUCUUGACAUUUGUUUAAUAAUUUAAAGUGAAAUUGAGUUUAAUGAUGCACAUGUUCUGGCACAAACAUAUAAUUGGUGUUACAUAAUUCUAACAGUUCUAUAGAUGGAAACAAUUAUGUAUCACCAAGGGGGAAAAGAGGCAUCACCCUAUGUGUGAUCAAUUGCUUUUGUCACCACACUUUGAGGAAGAGAGCACACAGUAGUCAGUAGUGUUUAACCCUCUGGUGACAUGCAAUUUUAAUUAUCUUCAAAGUCAAACAGGAUGUAAAAGUCCUUAAGUUUUAGAAUUGUAAAACAUUUUGGAUUCAUAUUUUAUUUUACAUGUCUCAAGAAAUGUCUUAUUUUUUUUCAAUGUUGACCCUUUUGAAGGCUUUUUGAUAAGAGAAUUUCACAGGUUUAAAUUAGUAAAAUAACGUAUGUUUAGUGUUUUUGUGUAUAGCUGAAGUUGAUUGCGAGAUAUAAGCAAAAAAGUUAGAAAAACAAACUUUGUGUUUCGUGCUUCGUGUGCUGUUUUGGUUCCACGCUUCCUUGUAAGUAAUAAAUAGAUUUGUUUACUUGA